AUGAUGUUUCGCUGCUGUCAACGCAAACUAUUCCGCUUUGUUGGAUUCCUGGCGGUGCUGAUGUUGUCUAUGGAGUGCGAGGCAUUUGUCAUCCGUCGUGGUAGUGCACGCGGAGGAACGAUCCCCUUUGUCUCUGAAUAUAAUUCACCGCCAUCCAAAGAUACGACGACGUCCCUCAAGGCCAACAACAACAACAAUAAUAAUGACUACCCCAGUAUCAAUAUCGGCCAAAUCCUCCAAACGGCUACUUUUGGAUUUGGGUUGUCCUUUUUGGCUUUGUCCUUUAUUUUGCCCGAGUUUGGAUAUGAUUUUGUGGUGCAGGAAAAUGGACGCCUGGGGAUUGGAACGGUAACAGAAGCGCAGUUUCAGCGGGAAACCAUCAAGGCCAACAAAGAAGCCAAAGCGCAACAAGAAUUGCUAAAGCAGUCGUCCUCCGAGUAG